AUGGGAGGAGCUUUGGUACUGACUAUCAUUAUGUGUUCACCAUUAGGUAGAGAUACAGGAUUAGAACUCCCGAUUGUUGGUAAAGUUUUCGAUGUCAAUGGUUUAAAAGAUGCUGGACAAAUUUGUACUGUGGCGGAAGCCAUCGGUUCAUUAGGAUCAAAUAUUAUGGAAAUAGUUCGGGACUCAGAAAUAAAAAUUAUGAUCUUAGGUAGUAAAAGAUAG